UUAAAAAAAUGUUUCCACGUUUUUCAGUUUUAAUAUGUUGAGUUUUUGUUAUAAACGUGAAACGAAACACGUUACACGAUAAGAAAUGAUUGUUUAUCCAGCACUAAAAUGUCAACACUAAACGGCGAUUGUGAUGGUACAAAAAAAAGAGACUCGAAAGAUGAUAUUCUCUUAAAUGAAAACAAAGACAAAAUCAAAUUUACUUUAAAAAAACAGCGAGGGCAUAAAAGAGAGUAUUCAAGGAAGUCCUCUUCAGAAGGCGGCAAACAAAGCUCAUCAACCGAAUACGAUCCUGUUUUUUUUUCCAAGUCGCGUGAUUUAAUUGACCCAUCAAAUGCUGAUCCUUCAGAAGAAGAACCGUCGAUUUUAGAGUCUGUUGCUUCUGCGUUUAAAAAAUUGACGGCAGAUGACUUAUCAUUUACUUCUUCAUCGCGAACGUCGUCAGAUUUGCAAAGUGUCGUUUACGUUUUGCAGCAAGCAGUAAGCUUAUUAGCAAAGAGUCUUGAUCAGCAGAUUAAAAAAAAUGAAAAAAGUCAGACUGAAAUACUUGAACUAAAAUCUAAUGUUUCACAACUCACUCUUGAAGUUCACUAUGCACAGCAGUGGCAGCAGGCAAUGUAUAAUGAAUUUCAAAAAAUGGCGUAUUAUGGUGUUCAAUCAAAAUCAGAAAGUGAGCUCAAAAAGCGCAAAAAAAAUAAAAGAACUUGUUUAAGAGAAUCGCAAGCUGUGAUGUAUGCUGAUUCAGCAUUUUCAAAAAAACUUGCUGAAAGACGGAGGUUGAAAAUCGAACAAAAAGAACCUGUUGUUAAAGAUUCCAUCGACCCUAAAGAAGAUACGCAAAAAUCUACCGAUUUGUUUAAUUCUCUUACUCAAGAUUGCGAAUCACACCUAAAUGCUCCUGAAGAACCUGAAUCAAAUAAAAAUAAUUUAGAAGAGACGCUUCGAAACGCCGCUGAAUCAGUCCUGUCUAAUUCAGGAUAUGUAUAUGACGAUGUGUCUGGUCUCUAUUAUGACUGGAAUUCAAAAAUGUAUUACGAUUCAGCUACGAAACUUUAUUAUAAUCAUGAAAGUGGAACAUAUUAUUACUUUGACACUGAGAAAAAUAGUUUUAUUUAUCACUCGCAAGCAAUCGUAAAAGCAGAAAUUGUUGAAAAAAAGAUUGAAGAUGAAAGUGAAAAAGAAGCGGAAGAAGAAGAUGGAGAAAUAAUAUCCGACGAAGACUAUGAUUUUGAAAAUAAGGUUGAUUCUUGUAUUCGUAUAAUUGUUGUUCGAUCUAGUUGUCUUGAUGUAGGUUCAUUAUUUGUUAUAACUCGGCAAGGUGGCUGUAUAGGUAAUGACAAAGAUAAUAACGUAUGCAUAGAAGAAGAUAAUGUAAAUCCAUUCCACGCUAAGAUCAUAUACCAUGACGUGGAAAAACUAUUUUAUAUACAAGAUCUAUGCACUGAUAUAGGGAUAUUUUUAAAUAAUGAAAGAAUUGCGCAAUCAAAAUGUGCUUCCGAUCCCGUAGAAUUAACUCAUAAAGACUAUAUUAAAAUUGGAGAAACAACACUAUGCUUUCAUGUUCAUCCCGGUUAUGAUACUUGUUCAGAAUGUGAGCCAGGAAAUAUCCAAGCUUUAGUCGCACAAAGCAAAACGAACAAUUUUGUAAGUAAAGAGGAACUCGACUUGCAAAGGAAAAUGCAAAACAAACUGUUGCGCAAAAAGUAUGGUAUUACUCCCGGUUACCUUCCAAAAGAGUUGAUAAAUUCUACGGAUCGGGCUGAAAAACGUCGUAAAGAGCACGGCAUUGAGGCAUACGAAAAUACGAAUAUACCAAUAAAAUCAUCCUCUGUUCACGAGCAUAUUUCCGAAGAGAAUGUCGGCCAUAAAUUGUUGGCUAAAAUGGGUUGGAAAUCUGGCGACGGACUAGGUAAAAAUGGUAAAGGAAUUGUUCAACCAAUUCUUGUAAGUCUUCAAGAAAAAAAUAAAGGCAUUGGAGCUGGAGUAAAGACCAGUAUAGACAUGGUUGGCUCAGAUAAAAAAACUGAACGAUGGAAUAAAGCAAGAGAUCGUUUUAAAAAAAUUGAUGAAAAAUAAGAUUUUUAAAAUUCAUGGAAAAUAAGAUUUUUGUAAAUUUAGAUGUUAUUACAUUAAGUCAUACAG